AUGACCCAUCCCGAGAAUAACCUCAUUCCUCAUUAUGGUCGGUUUCUGUGCCACAAGCUCAUCCGCCUUAGCGCAUCCCGAUCAGGAAAGAUUGUUUGCGGGGGUAUUGUCAGCAUGCUCGCCAAGAGCGCCCACAUCCGAGCCCCAUACCCCGGUCCCCACCAGCCACUGCCGGGUGAGCCUUAUCUCACCACCACUGUCCUUGAGUCCAUGCGACUCUUCCGCUCGGCAGGCGAUGGUACACACCACUGGACCGUGGGUCAAAAUCAUGAUCCCAAGCUCCUCAUCACACCAGAAAAUAAAGGCAUUCUUGAUUUCCGAAAUCCCAUUCAUAUGACUGAUUGGCAAAUCAUUCCAUACAUCUUCCCCCACUCUUAUUCCACCGAGGUCGAUGAGCAAAGCGAAGAAAACGAGGAAGAAGGUGAUGAUGAUGAAGAAGAGGAGGAGCCUCACCAUGCUUCUCCCACCGGUGGUGGCAGCUCAUCCCAUUUUGCUGCACCCCCGCCUUAUCAUCAACAAUAUAUGGACGAAUUCCAAUCAAUCCAUACCCGCCUCGACACCUAUCAGCAGGAUAUUACCAGCCUAACCCAUAAUUUUUCCACCUUCACCACCCAGUACGCUCGGGAUCAAGAGCGUCAACGCAAACAUGAGGAGGACUUCUAG